AUGGCCGAUGCCAUCAAGCACUUCAACAAGGUCCCCUGGGCCGCUGCCAUGAUAAACGAUUCCACCUGGACGCCCAGGAACACCGCAUCGAGAAUCCCGAAACCGACGUUCGAGGACUCGUUCUUUGCGGAAACACUCGGCACGAAUCGCACAAUACGAUAUCUAUUGACGCUGCAGCCCACAAAACCAGAGGAGGAGUAUCCGCAAGUCAGAGAAGUAAGAACAAUCAUGGAUCUAGGCAACGGGCUGAAUGGGCAUCCGAAUAUUUGUCAUGGAGGAUUUGUCGCCACAAUGCUGGAUGAGAUAUUUGGAGUUUUGAUUAUCGCAAACAUUGAGCUCAAAAUUAAGAACGCGGGACCGCAUCACCCGAACAAUCAGACUAAUUGUUACACGGCUUAUUUGAACACUAAUUAUAAGAAGCCAACACCAGCGCCCAGUGUUGUGCUUUGUACGGCGAGGUUUGAGAAGAAGGAGGGGAGAAAGAUUUAUGUGUCGGGGACUGUUGGUGAUGGCCAGGGGACGGUAUAUUCGACUGGCGAAGGGAUGUUUGUGGAGACGAAUGCUAAGAUAUGA